AUGGCGGAGAUCGCGGCAGGUGCCGUGACCUCACUGCUGGGCGUCAUCCGCAGUGAGGCACGGCUCCUGCGCCUCGUCCGGAGCGACGUGCAGUUCAUCAGGGAGGAGAUGGAGAGCAUGAACAGCUUUCUGGCGCACCUGGCCCGGUCGGCUCCACCCGGCGAGGAGCACGACGACCAGGUGCGCACCUGGAUGAACCAGGUGCGGCUGCUCGCCCAGGACUGCAACAACUGCAUCGACCUCUACCUGUACCGCAGGAACCCCGACAUCCACCGCGCCAACAGCGGCCUCUGGCGCUACCUGUGGUGGGUUCCCUGGUUCCUGCAUAAGUUGGUGGCGCAGCACCGCGCGGCCGUCCGGCUGCGUGAGCUCAAGGACAGGGCGCGCGACGUCGGUGAGCGGCGGCUCCGGUAUGGUGUGGAGGUCCCGUCCAAGUCGGCGGCGGCGGAGCAGUCGACUCCUGCGGCUAGGCUGAUGUCGGCGGGGUCAUCGUCGGCAGCCGCAGGUGGCUAUGCUUCAGGAGACAAUGAAGAAGAAGAAGAAGAAGACGGUGACGACGAUCACCUAGCGACGACCAAUCGUUCUGCCCAAAGAGCCUUGUUUUCUCGCACUCUGGAGGACUACGUCAAGACGAAGCUAUUUGAAUGGGCAGAUGGACUUCAAUCAGGCGCCGGCGAGACGAUGUCUAUCGCCAUCGUCGCCCCGGAUAGAGAUCUGGAUGCCCGCAGACUUGCACAGACCAUGGUUUUCGGUCCUGACUUUGAGCACGAUGACAAUAGCGGUUACCAUUGCGCUAUCUUCGUCGACAUCCCGGCGCUCCACCCGGACUUUUCACCACUACGACCCAAGGAGGUUCUCUACUACAUCUUGCGCCAGCUGAAGCUUGAGCAAUCAGAAUCCCAAUCCCGAAAGCAAGGCACAGAUCAAGGCGAGGAGGAGGAGGAGGAUCUAGAUUCCUGGCAAGUUUACUUCAGAAAAUUCGGUAUUUACCGUGAAAAAAAGAGGGUGCUCAAUAGAAUCAAGGAAAACUUAAAAAGGAUGAAGGUUUAUGAAAAGCUUGACAAGAUCAAGAGUGAUAUUCAAACCCGACCACCGAAGGGACAACAAAAGAAGAAGGCAAUGGAUCAGCAGGACCCAGACGUACAUGUACUCCUUAGGAUGCUGUUCCAGACAUCUGCGGCUGCGUCUCAACAAGACCAAAUGAAGAACAAAGACAUGCCUAAAUUAUCAGUAUCAGAUAAAACCGUCACCAAAAUAGCCGAGAAGCUUAAGGAGCGUAUGGAAGAAGAUGAACAAGGAGGAGGAGGAGGCGAAGGGGGAGUUGGGAGAGGAGUAGAAAAUGAAGCAAUACAAGAAGAAGAUUGUGAAGGAGCAGAAAAAGAAAUAGUAGAAGAAGAAUGUGGAGAAAAAGAAAUGACAGAAGAAGAAGGUGGAGAUAGAGGUGGGGGAGACAUAGUAGAAGAACAAGGAGGAGGUGGCGAAGGGGGGGCUGGGAGAAGAGUAGAAAACGAAGAAGUAAAAGAAGAAGAUUGUGAAGGAGCAGGAAAAGAAACAGUAGAAGAAAAAUGUGGAGGAAAAGAAAUAGUAGAAGAACAAGGUGGAGAUGGAGGUGGGGGAGACAUAGUAGAAGAACGUGGAGGAGGAAGAGGAGAAAUAUUAGAAGAGCAUGGGGGAGGAGGUCGGGAAGAAAUAUUAGAAGAAGAACACGGAGGAGGAGAUGAGGAGGAGGAGGAGGACGACGACGACGACAGUGAAGAAGAAGAGCAGCAGAUAGCCCCGAUUUAUCUCCAUAAAGAUCAGUAUGUACACAUCCUGCGGCAAGUGUUCCCGAAGACCAUCACUAGCAACAAACACGCAUCUAAGCAAGCUACAGAAGAGGAUCAAAUCAAACAAAUGAUCGACGAGUCAAAGGAAGAGAUCUUACUUGAGCCGCAGGAAGGCAAACAUGACAAAAUACAAGAGACAGCUCAAAACACAGAAGACAUUUUCACAGAAAUAGUGGACCAGAAAAUGGAUAAAAUCAAGCAUGAAUUCAAAGAGCAGCUGAAGAUCAAAGGGCUCGUGGACGAUAUUAAACGUCAAUUGAAGAAGAAGUGUCCCCUCUUUAUCCUCAAAAUCGAUGAGACGGUGGAUCUACCCAGAUGGGAGGAUACCAGAAAUGCUUUGAGCCUGUUAGCAUGCAGCGCUGAUGUACUGAUCGUAACCACCGCAAAGGACAUCCAGCAAGCAAAAGAAUAUUCCCACCCACAGAGUGAACCUAUAGACUAUUCUCUUGCUGGUCUCUACUAUGAUACAGUGCUCAAGAUUAUUAAGCAGCAGAAGGAUGAAGAGAACUACGACACCAAGAUUUUUCGCAACAUCCUGGAGCAGUGUGAGCCAAAUGAAUUCUGCAUGAAGAUCUUCACUCAUGCUUUGUACGUUAACCCCAAGAGGAGCAAUGAGGAGUUAAACAAGCUGCAUAAGAACUUACUACAGGCUUCACCAAAAUCAUCCAACAUCAUUGCUAAGAAGAUGUUCAAGUUCUCUUACACCGAUAUGCCUAAAGAAUACAAGUCCUGUUUGCUGUACCUAGCUAUCUUCCCUCCAGGAUACAAGAUCAGGCGGUCAACUUUGAUUGGACGGUGGGUAGCAGAGGGCCUGAUAUUCAAGGAAGAUUGGCCCAGUUCUGUGCACUGGGCCAACCGAUGUUUUGAUGAGCUCAUCAACCGGUGCCUUGCUGAUCCUGCGGAUACUGGUGCUGCAGGAAAGGUCAAGAGCUGCGUGGUAGGUGAUCUAGUUCAUGGAUUCAUUACCAAGAUAGCCAGAAAACAACAUAUUGUGGAGACACGUCUGUCACGUCACUUGGCUCGCCACUUCUCCAUUUUCAAUGAUCUGCAACUCCGCAGCUCUGACAAAAUUGAUGGAUUCUUCAAGAGGAUCUCUAAAUCAUCUCGAGUGUCCCUGAUCAAGGUGCUAGAUCUAGAAGGUUGUCAGUGCUUUGGUGUGAAGAACCAACGCUACCUUGAGGACAUCUGUAGCAAGAUGUUAUUGCUCAAGUAUCUGAGCCUAAGAGGAACAGAUGUUACUCAGCUGCCCAGUAAAAUCAACAAUCUCCGUGAGCUGGAGGUAUUGGAUAUCCGACAGACCAAUGUGCCUAUGAAUGCAACAGCAAAUGUCCUGCUCCUGAAGCUGAAGCGUCUGCUUGCUGGUAACACUGAUCGGAGUCCAAGACCAACCCUCAGAGCUGAGGAAUCAGUAUCUACUGCUGUCCAGAUUCCUCAUAAGAUUGAGAAAAUGGUAAAUAUGGAGGUACUAUCUAAUGUAACGGCCCAGAGCAGUCGAGAUUUGAAAGAUAUUGGAAAGCUAUGGCAACUAAGGAAGCUCGGAGUGGUAAUUAAUAACAAGUCCAGUUACCUCAAGAAUUUGCUUCGAGCAAUCAGUGAUCUGCACGAGUGCCUCUGUUCUCUGUCAAUCACUCUUCCCACAUCUACAAAUCAAGAGUUGCCAGAAGUAUCACUCAAUCUCAAACAUCAACCCAAGCUUCUUGAGAGUCUGAGCAUCAGCGGAACCACACAGGAGGGAUUUUUUCCAUUGUUCGUCAAAGAUGUUAACAACCUUGUCAAGGUUACUUUGAGUAGCACCUCACUGAACCAGAACAAUCUUAAGGACCUUGCCAGACUGCCUAAAUUACAGCUCAUCAGGCUCCGCCACAUUGCAUUCACCAGCUCCAAGAGAGAACUCAUCUUCAAGCGGGACGAAUUCAUAUCUCUCAAGUACCUUCUUGUUGAGGGAUCCACCUUCACUAAAGUUAGCUUUAGGAAUGGAGCAGCCUGUAUGCUUGAGAAGAUGGUUUUGUCUUUCACUAACAUGGAGUCUGUUUCUGGAGUUGAAGGUCUUCAAAAAUUGGAAGAGGUCGAGUUGACAAUGAGCAUGAGCAGCAGCAACAACAAGAACAACGACACGUUGCUAUCAUCAUUUAACAAUGGCAAACAAAUGGCCAAGCUGACACUUGUCGGUACGCAUGAGCAAGGUGAUCAACAAAUCAUUCCUCAAAAAAAAGGUGAUCAACAAAUCCAGAGCAUGAUUAAAUUCAAAAAAGGUGAGUUCCAAAAGCUCAGACAUCUUACUGUUGACUGCUCUGCCACCAAGGUUGUCUUCACCAAAGCAUCUACUCCUAAGCUCGAGAAAAUCGUUUGGUCCUCAUCCACGUCUCUCUAUGGUAUCGACAACCUUCCAAGAUUGAAGGAACUCGAGUUCAACGGUGACCUUGUCCCUAAGGUGGUGGUGACCGGGCGCCUACGAGCCAUCGAGCAGCGGAAGAAGAAACCGGCAGCGACAUCAUCUUCAACCGUCGACAAGCAAGGCCGUCUGCUCCUCACGGAGGAGGAGUGGAUGGCCCAGCUCAAACUUCGCGAGAGUGGAGAAAGCUACGGCAACUCCUCCGGCAGCGCCAACAAGAAGCGCGCAUCAAGGGCCACUAGGCAUCUAGGCCAAAGAUUGCCGGAAGCCGAAGAAAGAGGAAAGGAGCAGGCCCAUGUCGCCGAAGGCGAGGAAGAAGAAGAGCAGGCGCACGCCACCGGGUCCUCUUCCCCCUUCGAUGUGGGCACCGCGCCCUUCCUCCGGUUCCGCCGCGCCUUCCUCAUCCUCUUCCCCCUCGCGUCCGUGGUUGAAGGAAUCCAUUCCGUGUUCGGGGAGGAUGAGUUCGUGCGGUGUGGGUCUACCACUGCAGCUGCGCUAUUCCCCGGUGCCAUUUCUGGCGUUAUCUCUGACAAAAUGAAUUGCAUGAAGAUCUUUACUCAUGCUUUGUACGUUAAUCCCAAGAGGAGCAAUGAGGAGUUAAACAAGCUGCAUAAGAACUUAUUACAGGCUUCACCAAAAUCAUCAUCAGAUAUCAUUGCUAAGAAGAUGUUCAUGUUCUCUUACACCGAUAUACCUAAAGAAUACAAGUCCUGCUUGCUGUACCAAGCUUUCCCUCCAGGAUACAAGAUCAGGCGGUCAACCUUGAUUGGACGGUGGGGAGCAGAAGGCCUGAUAUGCAAGGAAGAUUGGCCCAGUUCUGUGCGCCAGGCCAACCGAUGUUUUGAUGAGCUCAUCAGACGGUGCCUUGUUGAUCCUGCUGAAACUGGUGUUGCAGGAAAGGUCAAGAGCUGCGUGGUAAGUGAUCUAGUCCAUGGAUUCAUUACCAAGAUGGCCAGAAAACAACAUAUUUUGGAGACACGUCUGUCACAUCACUUGGCUCGCCACUUCUCCAUUUUCAAUGAUCUGCAACUCCGCAGCUCUGACAAAAUUGAUGGAUUCUUCCAGAGGCUCUCUAAAUCAUCUCGAGUGGAGACACGUCUGCUCAAGGUGCUAGAUCUAGAAGGUUGUAAGUGCUUUGGUGGGAAGAACCAACGCUACCUCGAGGACAUCUGUAGCAAGAUGUUAUUGCUCAAGUAUCUUAGCCUAAGAGGAACAGUUGUUACUCAGCUGCCCAGUAAAAUCAACAAUCUGCGUGAGCUGGAGGUAUUGGAUAUCCGACAAACUAAGGUGCCUCCACAUGCAACAGCAAAUAUCCUGCUCUUGAAGCUGAAGCGUCUGCUUGCUGGUCACAUCGAUCUGAAUAAUAAUCCAAGCGAUUUUGGCUCUAGUGGCCGGAUUCCUCACGGGAUCGACAAAAUUGUAAACAUGGAGGUACUAUCUAAUGUCAAGGCCCAGCGCAGUCAUGACUUAAAAGAUAUUGGAAAGCUAUGGCAGCUGAGGAAGCUAGGUGUGGUCAUCGACGAUAAGGAUAGUCACCUCAAGAAUUUGCUUCAGACGCCACACCCACACCAUGCAAGGCGGGUACAUGAGUUACCUCAUAACAUUGGCUCUCUCUUAAAAAACAACCCCAAGAUUCUUAGUCUAAGCAUCAGGGGAACCAUGCACAAGGGGCGUCUUCUUCCAUUGUUCGUAAAUGGUUGUGACAACAAAUUUGCCAAGGUAACUCUAAGUGGCACCCGGGUGAGCCAAGAUGAUCUGGAAGUCGUCCUUGCGAAGCUGCCAAUGUUACGGUGUGUCAGGCUCCAAGACAUUACAUGCACCGACACCGAGCACAAGCUCAUGCUCACCUUCAAGAAGGAAGAAUUCAUAUGUCUUAAGUAUCUUCUCGUUGAGGGCUCGGACUUGACUAAAAUCACUUUUGAGGAAGGAUCAGCCUGUGAACUUGAGAAGAUGGUUCUGUCUUUCACCAGCGCAGGUUCUAUUUCUGGACUUGACCGGCUUCCAAAAUUGGAAGAGCUUGAGUUGAGCAACAGCUUCUGUGGCAGGUUGCUAUCAUCAUUUGACAAUGCCGCACAAAUAGCCAAGUUGACUCUUCGUGGUACAGAAAUAGGGCCUGAUGCUCUACAAAUCCUCACCAAGAAUCCAAAUAUACGCUGUCUUGUGCUCUUGGACAAGUCUUUUGGUGGAAGACAGAACAAGAUUAUAUUUAAAAAAGAUGAGUUCUUAUGGCUCAACCUUCUUGUUGUUAACUGCACAGCCAUCACCAACAUCGUCUUCACCAGCGGAUCUGCUCCUAGGCUCGAGAAGGUUGUCUGGUCCUCUAGCACAUGUCUCUCCGGCAUCGACGAACUUCCCAGAUUGAAGGAGCUCGAGUUCAACAGUGCACAAGUCCCUGAUGAGGUGAGGAAGGCCAUUUAA